CCCGUUCAACGGAGCCAGGGGGGAGUCUCCUGACAUUCACGUCGUCCUCUCCCUUUCGUCCUCCUCGCAAGUCGCAUCCCAGCAGGAGAGGAAACAAAUCCAAUCUCGCGGCGGGCUGGGCCGGUGAUCGUGAAUCCGGCUUGCGUUGGGCGGCGCCAUGGCGAGCAACAGGGCAGGCGGCGCCGGCUACGAGAGCGGCAGCGACCACGACGGCGCGCUGCAGAAGCCGCUGCUGCCCAACAGCGGGAGCUGGUACCGGAUGGGGAUGGGGUCGCGCCAGUCCAGCCUCAACGCCGGGACCUCCUCCAUGGCCGUCCUGCGCGAGUCCCACGUCUCCGCCUUGCUCUGCACGCUCAUCGUCGCGCUCGGCCCCAUCCAGUUCGGCUUCACCGGUGGCUACUCGUCACCGACGCAGGACGGCAUCAUCCGGGACCUCAACCUCUCAAUUUCCGAGUUCUCUGUGUUCGGCUCGCUGUCCAAUGUCGGCGCCAUGGUCGGGGCCAUCGCCAGCGGGCAGAUGGCUGAGUACGUUGGCCGUAAAGGGGAACUUCUUGUGCGCUUAGUUAAACAAGGUUAUGACCUUAAUUUUUAUGCUCAUAAAUUCUCAUUGAUGAUUGCAGCGAUUCCGAACGUCAUUGGUUGGCUUGCAAUCUCCUUUGCAAAAGACUCUUCGUUUCUGUAUAUGGGACGCUUGCUUGAAGGAUUUGGUGUUGGUAUCAUUUCCUAUGUGGUACCAGUAUACAUAGCAGAGAUAUCUCCUCAGAACAUGAGAGGAGCUCUUGGCUCUGUGAACCAGUUGUCUGUAACCCUUGGCAUCAUGUUUGCCUAUUUGCUCGGCAUGUUUGUUCCUUGGAGGCUUCUUGCAGUAAUAGGAACCUUGCCUUGCAUAGUGUUGAUACCUGGCCUAUUCUUCAUUCCAGAAUCUCCAAGAUGGCUGGCAAAGAUGAAUAAGAUGGACGAUUGCGAGACUUCUCUACAAGUUCUGAGGGGAUUCGAUGCUGACAUCACUGCAGAAGUUAAUGAUAUAAAGAGAGCAGUAACAUCAGCAAACAAAAGGACUACAAUCCGUUUUCAAGAGUUGAACCAAAAGAAAUACCGCACACCCCUAAUGCUAGGAAUUGGCCUUCUUGUGUUGCAACAACUAAGUGGAGUAAACGGGAUACUGUUUUAUGCAAGUAGCAUCUUCAAAGCUGCAGGGCUCAAGAACAGUGACCUGGACACAUUUGCACUUGGAGCUAUUCAGGUUCUUGCCACUGGUGUUACAACCACCUUCUUGGACAGAGCUGGCCGACGAAUCCUCCUUAUUAUUUCUGCUGCUGGGAUGACUCUAAGCCUUCUUGCAGUUGCUGUUGUAUUUUUCAUCAAGGAUAAUGUUUCACAUGACUCUGACUUGUACAACAUCUUAAGUAUGGUGUCCUUGGUUGGUCUAGUGGCUUAUAUAAUUGCCUUCUCCUUCGGUAUGGGUGCCAUUCCAUGGAUCAUAAUGUCUGAGAUCCUCCCGGUUAGCAUCAAGAGUCUUGCAGGAAGCUUCGCAACACUGGCCAACUGGUUGACAUCCUUUGGAAUAACUAUGACAGCAAAUUUGCUGCUCAGCUGGAGUGCUGGAGGUACUUUUGCUGCGUACAUGAUUGUGAGUGCUUUCACUCUCGUGUUCGUCAUCCUUCGGGUGCCAGAGACAAAGGGAAGAACCCUUGAGGAGAUACAAUGGUCGUUCCGCUGAGCUCCAGCAUUCGUCAACAUAAGCAAUGGUUCUUCGAGUUUUUUUCCCUUUAGAUGGCAAAAAUUGGUUCACAUAAUCAGUGUUCCUGGCUAUUCUUUCCCAACUCGAAUCACUGGAUAAAGGCCAUGCAUUCUUUCUGUUCAUACUAUGUUUUGUACAUGAGAUUUUACAUAAUCUUGUUUAACAUUUCCCAAAAUAGACAUGUAAAUGAUUGUGCAGUGACCUAUCCUUCCCCCUUCAACAAUGUACAAUCAUCAGCAGUUGUCAAAAUAAAUGGCAGUUGGCAGAGAUUGGUAAAUACAGUGUAGACACUA